UGUUAUGUGGAGUGUGUGUGGUGUAUGUUGCGUGUGUGUAUGUGUUUGAGGGGGGUAGGUGUGAGUGAGUGAGAGAGAACGUGGUUGUUCUUAAGCUUAGCUAUUUUAGCUAGCUUGUAAGUGUGAGCGCGUGAAUGAGAUGAUAAUUUAAUCUUACCCGGUCGCACUAUUUCUUUUGGUAUUUUGUAUGUAGCUGUGUUCAGUUUAAAAAGACGGAGAAGGUAAUCAGAUGUUAAACUUAAGUUGCUAAGAGCUGACACUUUCCUGGUGAGCUAGCAAAACGUUUGACAGCCUGUAUUGUGGAUUGUGGUGUAGGGUUGAAAGCAGAGAGUUGGAAGUUUUGGACUUGAACAGGGUGCAAAAUGUCCACAAACAAUCAGAAAACCAGCAGCCGCGCCAUCCCGGCAACCAGACGGGUGAUCAUCUGCGACGCGGCCCAUCUACCACAUGAUUAUUCCAGCACACCUGGAGGAACUCUGUUUAGCACCACCCCUGGAGGAACUCGAAUCAUCUAUGACCGGAAGUUCCUGCUGGAGUGUCGUAGCUCCCCAUUGGCCCAGACACCUCCCAGCUGCCUGCCUGACAUCCCCGGGGUGACCAGCCCUCCAACAAACACUGUCCCUGAUAACAAAACCCUCCCUCAAGAGAGCGUCAGUAACAACAGGACACUUCCUGUGGACAAGGCCACGGGUGAAGAUGCCCAGUUUGAAAUGGACAUCUAACAGUGUCGCUUGUCAACAUUACUGUGAUGACUGGCCUUAAAAGGAUGAAUGAACUGGAAGAUUUCUUCUAUCAACAUUUUUUCAUUAUCUACUAUUGUUUUUUUUUUUUUCUCCAUAAUAGUUAUGUAUUGAUGCUGUCAUUCCAGACAUGCACAAGACAUUUGCAGUUGAGUCUCAACACCAGUUUAUACUGCUGUACCUAAAUACUCUUGAGUUACUGCCAGUGCUCUUGCAUUAAAGCUUCUGCUCAAGAUGUGUGAAAGCCAGCACUUUUUGCUACCGCUUGUGUAGUUUGCCAUCAUGACCUCUGGGAGGAGCAGUAGUUCGUUUGAUUGAUUUUUGUAUCUUUAGCUGAAGAGUGUGAAAGUGUUGAGAGGUAGAUAAAGAAAACCCCCCCCCCCCCCUCCUUUGCCCUGUGAAAGUGGUACCGUUUUAUGAUAAAAAAAAAAUAGGAAUUUAUUUGUUUUUCACCAAAAGGUAAUUAAAAAAAAAAGCACAUGCCUUUUUUUCAUAUAUCAUUUUUGGUUAUGUUGUGUAAAUCUCAAUUCUACAGUAUCUAAUGAAUGUCCUCCCCAUAUAAUUCAUCUAAACAUGGGGGGAAAAUCCAAUGUUUGAGCAAUUUAAAAAAAAUCUGAGAAUUCAUUCAUCUUUUUUUAAUGUGAUGACCACAAUAAAAGCAACAUUUGAAUAAGA